ACCCCAAAUACCCAUCAACCAUCCUCAAAUCGAACAAAAAUAUGAAUUUCUCUUCCUCACUUUCACUCCUUCCUCGAAUUUCUUUCUUUUAUAAUUUUGAUGGGAGUAAAAGAGCAAGUGGGUUUUGGAGAAAACCAGAGAAAGUGAGGAGCUUGGUGGUGAAGUCAGGCCCCAAGAGGAUAUCUGUUGGGAGAGAAUGCAGGGAGGCAUUGCAAGCUGGGAUUGACAAGCUAGCUGAUGCUGUUUCUGUCACUUUAGGACCCAGAGGACGUAAUGUUGUUCUCUCUGACUCUGAGACCCUGAAAGUAAUUAAUGAUGGUGUAACCAUUGCUAGAGCAAUAGAGCUUUCGGAUGCAAUUGAAAAUGCAGGAGCAAUGCUAAUACAAGAGGUUGCGAGUAAAAUGAAUGAUUUGGCUGGUGAUGGCACCACAACUGCAAUCAUUUUGGCCCGAGCCUUGAUCAAAUCUGGAUUGUUGGCAGUUUCUUUUGGAGCUAAUCCUGUUUCCCUAAAGAGGGGAAUGGAGAAGACUGUAACAGAGUUGGUCAAGACCUUGAAGGAGAAAAGUUUCCCUGUGAAAGGGAGAGAGGAUAUAAAAGCUGUGGCUUCAAUCUCUGCUGGUAAUGAUGAAUUUAUUGGAGACUUGAUUGCUGAAGCUGUGGAGAAGAUUGGCACUGAUGGAGUAAUUGUUCUCGAGUCAUCUGCAUCAUCUAAAACCUUUGUAAUACUGGAAGAAGGCAUGAAGGUUGACAGGGGAUAUAUGUCACCGCACUUCAUCACAAACCAGGAAAAAUCUAUCGUGGAGUUUGACAAUCCUAGAGUCCUGGUAACUGACCAAAAGAUUUCAAGUGUCCAAGAAAUUGUUCCUUUGCUAGAGAAGACAACACAACUCAGUGUCCCUCUGUUAAUCUUUGCUGAGGAUAUGACCUGGCAAGUACUAGAAACUCUAGUUGUGAAUAAAAAGCAUGGGAUACUUAAUGUUGCUGCUGUCAAAUGUCCAGGAUUGUUAGAAGGAAAGAAAGCCCUUUUGCAAGAUAUCGCUAUCAUGACAGGUGCUGAUUUUCUUUCUGGAGAUUUUGGUCUGACUCUAGCUGGUGUAACUUCUGAUCAGCUUGGUGUUGCUCGAAAAGUGACCAUCACAAGCAAUUCAACAACAAUAGUUGCUGAUCCUUCCACAAAGGCUGAAGUCCAGGCAAGAAUUAUGCAGAUGAAGAAGGAUCUAAGUGAGACAGAUAGCGCAUACAUGUCAAAAAAGCUCAAAGAAAGAAUUGCUAAACUCACUGGUGGUCUGGCAAUAAUUAAGGUAGGAGCACAUACAGAGGUGGAACUUGAAGAACGUAAAUUAAAAAUUGAAGAUGCAAAGAAUGCCACAUUUGCUGCUAUGGAUGAAGGGAUAGUACCUGGUGGUGGUGCCACCUAUAUACAUCUCUUGGAACGGAUUCCCAUCAUAAAGAAUACUAUGGAGGAGUCAGAUGAACAGAUUGGUGCUGAGAUUGUGGCAAAUGCUCUGCUUGCACCUGCAAAAACAAUUGCAACCAAUGCAGGUGUUGAUGGAGCAGUUAUAGUGGAAAAGACUCGAACAAGUGAUUGGCGAACCGGGUACAAUGCAAUGACAGGAAGAUAUGAAGACCUUAUCAAUGCUGGAGUCAUAGAUCCUUGUCGAGUUUCAAGGUGUGCUCUUCAAAGUGCUGUCUCCAUUGCCGGGAUAGUUCUAACAACUCAGGCUAUACUAGUGGAUAAAACAAAGACGCCUAAGCCACUUUACCCCCAUGUCCCAGGAAUAACUGAUGUAGCAUCAAGUAUAACUCCUCAAGAGGCAACAUUAACAUGAUGAAAGCAGUGGUGUCCUAGGUAGAAGCUUUGAAUUUCAGCUAACUUGGUUUUGCAUGAAAAUUUGAAAGGAAGAAGACAACAGACUAAGCUUACCAUUUGCAUAUUAUGCUGAGAGAUCUGACAAUACCAAGUCCACAGUUCCUGAACUUGGAAAGCCAUGAAGGGGGGCGAUUUGUACUGGUUCACCAUCAACAAGAAGAAAGAAGAAUGGUGGUAUGUUCACCAUAAGACACUGCCAGUGCCAUUUCAACAGGAAAAGAGCCUUGUACCUAAAAAUUUGGUACCCAGUGCUUUAUAGAACUGAACUCCACUUUCCUCAUUGAUGUUAAAGAAUUUUUUGUGAGAGUCAUAUGUUUAUAUCUGAUCAGACCCCAUCUCUCCUUUUCAAUUUAGAUGGAAAAAUAAUGAAGAUUAAGAUUAUGA